AUGAGCUCUCAAAAAUUGGCUAGGUCCACCGCAAUUGGUAAUUACAAUUGGAGUUCUCUAUCGCAAAGAUUUUACGCUACUUCCAACAAACUUAAUAAAAAAGAAGUAGUGACUAGAAUAGCGGACGUGAUUAAAUCCUUUAAUGUUGACAACAAGCAACUUACAAACAAAUCUGUCACCGAAGCGACUUCAUACUAUGAUGAUUUGGGCCUGGAUUCUUUAGACACUGUGGAAUUACUCGUUAAUAUCGAAGAAGAAUUUGAAAUUGAGAUUCCAGAUGACGUAGCAGAUAAUUUGAAGACGGUGGGAGAAACCGCCAAAUAUGUUAUGUCCAACCCAGAAUCCACUUGA